GCAGCCCGGGAGCAGGAAACUUCAUGCAUUGGAAACCAUGGAUAAAUAUGAUGUGAUUAAGGUCAUUGGGGAAGGUGCCUUUGGGAAAGCAUACUUGGCCAAAGGGAAAUCAGAUAGCAAGCACUGUGUUAUAAAAGAGAUCAAUUUUGCAAAGAUGCCCAUCCAAGAAAAAGAAGCUUCAAAGAAAGAAGUCAUUCUUCUGGCAAAGAUGAAACAUCCUAACAUUGUAACCUUCUUCAGUUCAUUUCAAGAGAACAACAGGCUGUUUAUUGUGAUGGAGUACUGUGAUGGAGGGGAUCUCAUGAAAAGAAUCAAUAGACAACGGGGAGUGCUAUUUAAUGAAGAUCAGAUCCUGAGUUGGUUUGUGCAGAUUUCUCUAGGACUAAAACAUAUUCAUGACAGGAAGAUCUUACACCGGGACAUAAAAACACAGAACAUUUUUCUUAGCAAGAAUGGAGUGGUCGCAAAGCUUGGGGACUUUGGUAUAGCAAGAGACCUGAACAAUUCCACAGAACUUGCGCAGACGUGUGUUGGGACACCUUACUACCUGUCUCCAGAGGUCUGCCAGAAUAAGCCCUACAACAACAAAGCGGAUAUUUGGUCUCUUGGCUGUGUAUUAUAUGAGCUCUGCACACUCAAGCAUCCUUUUGAAGGUAACAACUUACACCAGUUGGCUCUGAAGAUUUGUCAGGCACAUUUUGCCCCAGUAUCUCCAAGGUUUUCCUGUGACCUGCGGUCCUUGGUAUCACAGCUCUUUAAAGUAUCUCCCCAAGAUCGGCCAUCUAUUAAUUCAAUUUUGAAAAGGCCCUUUUUAGAGAAUCUCAUUGCCAAAUACUUGACUCCUGAGGUCAUUCAAAAAGAAUUCAAUCAUACCCUAAUAGGUAGAACAAGAUCAUCAGUUUCUCAAUCUGCUGAGAAGGUGGUCCAAGAUUUUAAAAUACAGAAAAUGAGAUUCCAGGAGAAGUGCUUACCAAGAUCAAGAAUGUCAGUGCCAAAUAAAACGAAGGAUAUAAUAUAUGGAUAUGAAUGGAGACAACCAGCUGGAGCCCAGAAGCCCAUAUCUAUAAAAAUGGUAGAAAGGCCCAAACAUGCUGGAGUGUGUGGCCAUUAUGAUUAUUACUAUGCUCAACUUGACUUGUUAAGGAAGAGAUAUCAUGAACCACAUUACCACUGUGUUCCUCAUGAAGAUACCAGAGUUAAGGAGAAUUAUAGUCAGGAAGAAAGCAGCAGUCAAUCACCAGGCCAAUGGCCUGCCGAAUACCUUCAGAGGAAAUUUGAAGCUCAGCAAUAUAAGUUGAAAGUAGAAAAGCAACUGGGUCUUCGUCCAUCUUCUGCUGAGCCAAAUCACAGGAGACAAGAGCUAAGAAGUAAUGGAGAAGAGCCUAGAUUCCAGGAGUUGCCAUUCAGGAGAAACAAAAUGAAGGAACAGGAAUAUUGGAAGCAGUUAGAGGAAAUACGCCAACAGUACCACAAUGACAUGAAAGAAAUUAGAAAGAAGAUGGGGAGUGAACAAGAGGAAGACUCAAAAAUAAGUCAUAAAACCUAUCUGGUGAAGAAGAAUAACCUGUCCACCCACCAAGAGACACCCGAGGAAGAAGCACCUGUGCAGGAUAUUGAAAGAGACUUGAAAAAAAUUAGACUUCAGAACAUAAAGGAAAGUAAAAUUCCAGAACAAAAAUAUAAAGCUAAGAGAGGAGUAAAGUUUGAAAUUAAUUUAGACAAAUGUAUUUCUGAUGAAAAUAUUCUUGAAGAGGAAGAGGCCAUAGACAUGCUAAAUGAAACUUUGACCUUUGAGGAUGGCAUGAAGCUUAAGGAAAAUAAAUGUAUAAAGGAGCAUGAGGAUUACACAGAUGAAGCAUUGGAAAAACUCUGCUCAGAAGCAGAUGGCCAAGUGAUGGCGAUCAGUGGCAUUCCAGAAAAUAGGAAACAGUGGCGGCAUGAAGCUCCAGAAACUUUAAUGAAUCUUUUGGCAGCAGCACAUCUAACAAGUAGCUCAUUUUCUGCCAAAGAAGGAGAAUUUGUGAGAACAUUAAAACAAUGGCUUCCUAAAGAAAAUGAGGGGACGGUGGAAAUGGCCUCUGGCAUGGAAGUAGAUGAGGAACAACCAGAACCAAGAGAUGAUGAUGAUGAUGAUGAUACAAAUUUUGAAGAAUCUGAAGAUGAGUUGAGAAAUGAAGUAGUAGAAUCCCUGGAAAAACUCACUACUUCCAAAGAGGAGGGGAAAAAAGAAGAGGUUUCUGGUUCCUCUGAGGACACUGAAAAGUUAGGAGAAAUACGCAGAAUGAAAUGA